GUGGUAUUUAGAAAUGAAAAUUAUUGGAAUUACUGCUUUGAUCGCAGUGGGAAUAGGGUGCUUGUACUUGUUAGCGGAUGCCGAUUCGGUGUCCGCAGAGAAUCAGUUUGAUGUAUUUAUUCAGACUUAUAAAGUGGGGUAUUCUGACGAAUAUGAGUAUGAUUACAGACUCAAAGUGUUCAGAGCUAACUUAGAUAAGAUUGAUGAAAUGAACAGGAGAAAUCCUCAGGCUACAUUCGGAAUUACUAAAUUCGCUGAUAGAACUCAAGAAGAAAUGGACUUACAAAGAAUUCUUCAUGAAAAUGAUAAGAAGCAAUGUGGACAUAGAACUUAUUCUGGAACUCCUCAAGACUCUAACUGGGUUGGCAAGAUACCACAAGUCAUAAAUCAAGGCCAAUGUGGGUCAAGUUGGGCUCUUGGAGUUGUUGCUUCAGCUGAAGGAAGAUACUCCAUCUUCACAAACUCUACAGGUCCUGCAGAACAAUUUUCUGUUCAACAACUUAUCGAUUGAGAUGAUCAGUCCUAUGGAUGUAGUGGAGGAUUCCCUAUCUCUGGAUUUGAAGUGUUUUUAAAUAAUGAUAUUUGCAGAGCUUCUGAAUAUAAUUACACAGGAACUAGCGGAGAUUGCAAGACUUGCCAAACAGGUAUCAGACUGUCUGAAUGCUACUCCCUGAAUAAUAGCACUGAAGAAAUUUUGGUUGACUUAACCUACGGUCCUAUUUCUAUUGCUGCAGAUGCUCUCACCUGGCAAUUCUAUCAAUCAGGAAUCGUCACAGACUGCAAUUUCAAAUCUCUCAACCAUGGUGUAGCUCUUGUUGGAUACAACUCAUCUGAGUCAUCAGUUAACAUCAGAAAUUCUUGGGGAGCCAACUGGGGAGAAGCCGGCCAUAUCAGAGUAGGCGCUAAUGGAACUUGUGGAUGGCACCUCUCAGCAUCUGCAGGAUCCUUCUACUAAGCAUUUCUAAACUUACUCUUGAU